AUGAAUUUUUUCACUUCGGAGGACCUAGAUUUUCAGCGAUAUUGCAUUGCAACGUAUGGAUCAAUCGAAAAUUUAAUUGACAAAACCAAGAAAGGCGAAAUUGUCGCCCAAGCACAUCUGGGUUGCGCUUACUCGGAGGGUUUUGGCGAUCUCUUGCCGCAAGAUAACGACAAAGCGAUUGGAUGGCUUAGCACUGCUGUAGAAAAUGGUUAUGAAUCUCCUGAGAUCCUUGGAAAACUUGGGCGACUACUGGAUUGGAAAGGAACAGUAGUAUGCCGGCGAAAAGCCUACGAGAUGUACCAUAGAGCAGCGAGACUGGGUAACACAAGCUCACAGAUAAAUCUUGCAGAAAUGUAUCGUCUUGGAGUUGAAGGAGUCGUGAGCGAAGACCUCAAGGAAUCUUUUAAAUGGCUUAAAAAAGCGGCUGAUGAAGAUUUAUCUGAAAGUGAAGUUAGAACAGAUUUGUUCAGUAACACGUUAAGACGAAUGCAAAACGCUAUUGGUGGUGAAAAACAAACGGCUCUGAAACUUUUGUUCCUCAACUACGUCGAUGGUGAUUGUCCGGAAGGUCAACCACAACCAACUAAAGCUGUUUAUUAUUUGACCAGAGCGGCUGAACAGGGUGAUACCGAGGCACAGGUUAUCCUCGGAGAGAUCUACUUGACUGGAGGUUGCAAGCAGUUGAUAGAUUUGCCAAGAGCGAGAAGAUGGCUCAAUAAAGCAUCUGACAAGGGCGAUUUAAGGGCGAAAGAGGUGAAUUAUUUAACAGUUAAUGAAUGA